AUGGAUUGUUAUCUCAAUCCCCUCGAAGGAGCUGGUAGUAAUGCGAUCAUUGUUCUUGACGGUGUGGUUGAAGCGUCUGAGGACCGUCGAGAGUUUCUCAGGCUAGCCUCAGACUUCGUACGCCAUCCUAUUAAGUCUCGGAUCAAAGCUGUUCUCCUUGGGGCGCUAGAGAUAUACGACGACCUAGUUGAAGCUUUGGAUACGCCGAUUUCAGUCAUUUAUGUCAACGCUAACAAGAACAUCGAAGAUAUCACAAUCUAUGUUCGAAAGGCCAUCCGCAAGUUCCGGUCAAUAAGUCGGGUUCCGAAACCACAGCGCCUGUUAAUUGAAAAGCUUUAA